GAGCUGUGUUCCAGCCCCCAGUUCAUAGCCGGUGGAGCCACUCGCACGGACAUCUGCCAAGGGGCCUUAGGGGACUGUUGGCUCUUGGCUGCUAUUGCCUCUCUCACCUUGAAUGAAGAAAUUCUGGCCCGUGUCGUUCCCAAAGACCAGAGCUUCCAGGAUAAAUAUGCAGGAAUUUUCCACUUCCAGUUCUGGCAGUACGGGGAGUGGGUGGACGUUGUGGUGGACGACAGGCUGCCCACCAAGAACGGGGAGCUGCUCUUCGUGCACUCAGCGGAGGGCAGUGAGUUCUGGAGUGCGCUGCUGGAGAAGGCCUAUGCCAAGCUGAAUGGAUCGUAUGAGUCUCUCUCUGGUGGCACCACCACCGAAGGCUUUGAGGACUUCACCGGUGGAAUUGCGGAAUGGUAUGAGCUGCAGAAGGCACCACCCAACCUCUUCAGAAUCAUUCAGAAGGCACUUCAGAAAGGUUCUCUCCUUGGCUGCUCCAUUGACAUCACCAGUGCAGCGGAGACGGAGGCGGUCACUUCCCAGAAGCUGGUGAAGGGACACGCGUACUCAGUCACCGGAGCAGAGGAGGUGAACUUCCGAGGAACUGUGCAGAAGCUGAUCAGAAUCCGAAAUCCCUGGGGGGAAGUGGAGUGGACUGGGAAAUGGAACGACAACUGCCCAAACUGGAGCAGCGUUGACCCUGAGGUGCGGGAGCGGCUCACCAGGAGGCACGAAGAUGGGGAAUUUUGGAUGGCGUUCAACGACUUCUUGAGACAUUACUCCCGCCUGGAGAUCUGCAACCUGACUCCAGACACCUUGGCAAGUGACAAGUACAAGAAGUGGAGCCUGCUGAAGCUGGAUGGGAACUGGAGGCGAGGAGCCACCGCAGGGGGCUGCAGGAAUUACCCGAACACUUUCUGGACGAAUCCACAGUAUUUAAUCAAGCUGGAGGAAGAAGAUGAGGAUCCCGAUGAUCCCGAGAGGGGCUGCACUUUCCUCAUUGGCUUGAUUCAGAAGCACCGGCGGAAGCAGAGGAAGAUGGGAGAGGACAUGCACACCAUCGGCUUUGCGAUUUAUGAGGUGCCCCCAGAGUUUUCUGGCCAGACAAAUAUUCAUCUGAGCAAGAACUUCUUCCUCACCAACAAAGCAAGAGAAAAAUCAAACACCUUUAUCAACCUCCGAGAAGUGGUUUUGAACCGGUUCAAGCUCCCUGCUGGAGAAUACAUCAUUGUGCCCUCGACCUUCGAACCCAACAAGAACGGGGAUUUCUGUCUGCGAGUCUUCUCUGAAAAAAACGCAGACUCCACGGUUAUAGAUGAUGAAAUUGAGGCCAAUUUUGAAGAGACCGAGAUCAGUGAAGAUGACAUUGAACCAAGCUUUAAAAAGCUUUUUGGACAGCUAGCAGGAAGUGAUGCAGAGAUCUCUGCCUUCGAACUGCGCAACAUCUUGAAUAAAGUCAUGGCUAAAC